UAAGCUUGCUACGUCUACAGAUGGCAGGAACUUGCACUCCCUCGCACCUGAAACGAAUAGAGCCAGCAUAGAUGAAGAAAAUGCCCUCGUAACAUGCAAGAAUCUGCUAAAGACGUUGCGCAAUACCGGUUAUAGUCUAAAUGCAGCACUGUCAUAUCCCAUCAUGGACCAAAGAGUCAUGACUCUGUACAAGGAGAGUUCCCAACACAUAUAUAACAUCCACAAGGUGACACUAAAAGCUCUUCAAAUGGCCCAUAAAUCAGCGUCAUCCUCCAACGACUUUCAAUCCUCCCUCUAUGGACUGUCCACCCCUUACAUACGCUCCCAACUAUCUCGCUUUGUGAUCGCAUCACUCGAGAAAUGGGCUGCUGCAUCAAAUCUCGACUUUUUCCUCGACGACCCACACUCCUCUGCUCUCGACCCACCCAUACCAUUUCCCUCUUCGUCUGGGAAUACGACCAGUGCCACAAGCAGUCUUAUCCCUGGACAGACCAAAAAGAUCGUUACAUCCCUCACUAAAGAGCAACUACUCGUCGAUCUGGAAUUUGAAAAGCACAUCUUUGCGGACGACCCGCGAAUCGAUCUGAUGAACAACAAAAAUAUCAUCCCCAUUACUUUACACCAGGUCAAGAUCAACUUUGGAGAAAAGGAAGAGCAAUCUGGCUCUUCUGGUCAUCCAGAGGGUAGUCUGUGCUUGCUUUUGGAAGAAAGGACGAGGAAUUUCCUAAGGGACCUUGGUUGUGCGCCGAAUGUAGACUGGAGUCAAGUUGACCCAGUCAAAGUGGAAAGGUCUGCUGCAGAACUGAGAAACGUUCUGGAAGAAAUAAAUUGGAUCGUUGACACCGCCAAGAGGGAGGCGGAGGUGAACAGCGCCAAAGAGUCUGAGACGUGGGAUUGUAUACAAACAAUCGCCGAUAAGGCGUCCAAGGUUCUACAAAUUGAAGCUAAACUUGUGGAAACCGACAACAACUUGGAACCCGUAGCCAUCGAUACUCUUGCACUCCGAUCUAGCGGUGUUCAUUUCCCAUUCCUACAAUCUUUCUCACUCGGCUUCCUUCUCUAUCUACCACCACUAGCCUAUCUCACUCUUCUUCGCUCCUACUCUCAACAAGACUCAAAGGACACGACUGCGAGUUCAAAUUAUCCCAGUGACAUUCCUAUCGGCUGGACACGAAAACUGUUGAUCGACGGACCUGCCCGAGAGCGCCUCCAAAUCCCAAUCGCCACUUUGGCAUAUGACCCUCAUUCCAAACUUUCGACCUCCCAUACGAACAAUGCAAUGGAAGUCGACGAGAGUGGGCAGCCAAUCGCAAGAGAGCAUAUCGCCAGUCGACUAGAAGAUGUUUCGGAAUGGAAUA